CCAGACCCCCAGGUCCCGGCCAAUGGAGGCGAUUUAGACUGUAGCGGGUCUGCGUCUGUCAAAGCCCCACUCGGCAACGGCGGCAGAGUCCAGAAGGAGAGCUGAGGCCGCUGCGCUCCCUCCCCGCCCCCGCCGGGAUUUAUUGAGUAUUUGGACUGGACAAUUAAGUGGCCCUGAUGAUGUUACCAAGCCCGGUCACCUCCACCCCUUUCUCAGUCAAAGACAUUCUGAACCUGGAGCAGCAGCAGCACUUCCACGGCUUGCACUUGCAGGCGGACUUGGAGCACCGCUUCCACUCGGCGCCCUGCAUGCUCGCCGCCGCAGAGGGGGCCCAAUUUUCUGACGGAGGAGAGGAGGACGAGGAAGAAGAAGGCGAGAAAUUGUCCUAUUUGAACUCACUAGCCACAGCCGAUGGCCACGGGGAUUCAGGGCUCUGUCCUCAGAGCUAUGUCCACACGGUCCUGCGAGACUCGUGCGGCGGGCCCAAGGAACAUGAAGAGGAUCCUGAGGUCGUGAGGGACCAGAGCCAAAAAAACUGCCAGCUGAAGAAGCCUCUGGAGGCCUCGGGAGACUGUAAGGCGGAGGAGAGCGAGAGGCCGAAGCCGCGCAGCCGCCGGAAGCCCCGCGUCCUCUUCUCGCAGGCGCAGGUAUUCGAGCUGGAACGCAGGUUCAAGCAGCAGCGGUACCUGUCGGCGCCCGAGCGCGAGCACCUCGCCAGCAGCCUGAAGCUCACGUCCACGCAGGUGAAAAUCUGGUUCCAGAAUCGCAGGUACAAGUGCAAGAGACAGCGGCAGGACAAGUCCCUGGAGCUGGGCGCGCACGCUCCCCCGCCGCCGCCGCGCCGCGUGGCGGAGGGUCAAAGCUUAGAUUCUGCGCACCUGGAGGGUCUCCAGGGAAGAGGAAACCUCGACCCCAGGCCCAGCCGCGGGGGCGCGAAGGCGGCUCCACCGUCGGCUGCCUCCCCGGCUUCCAGCGCACCCGGGGACGCUGCGUUGCGCCCCGCCGCGGCGCAGCUCUCCCCCUCGGCCGCCCUCCCUUCUCCCCCGGCGGCCGUGGCUUUAUGCGGCUCCUUGUCACUUGCGGAGAAUGCCUGUGCGAGGCCAGUGCUGCCACACGGCCGAUUGUGA